UGAUCAGCUGGUCUAGAAGCAAGCGAAUCGUCCCGAAAGUUGCAGUUCCCGGCAGCUGCGUUUUCUUAUCGCGAUUGUUAAGAGCGUUGGAACGGUCAAUUAAGGAGACAGGGAUUGUAGAAGACGCUGUCCGUAUCUGCUCAAGCCAUGAAGUUCCAGUAUAAGGAAGACCAUCCUUUUGAAUACAGAAAAAAAGAAGGAGAGAAAAUCCGAAAGAAAUACCCGGACCGAGUUCCUGUUAUAGUGGAGAAGGCACCCAAAGCUAGAGUACCUGAUCUGGACAAGAGGAAGUACCUUGUUCCAUCAGAUCUCACUGUGGGUCAAUUCUAUUUCUUGAUUCGAAAGCGAAUCCACUUGAGGCCAGAAGAUGCCUUGUUCUUCUUUGUCAACAACACUAUUCCUCCUACCAGUGCUACUAUGGGUCAGCUGUAUGAGGAUAAUCAUGAGGAAGAUUGUUUUCUCUAUGUGGCUUACAGUGAUGAAAGUGUUUAUGGCCAGUGAUUCUAUGCAUUACUAGCCUUACAGAUGGAUUGGACUGAAAGAGUUAUUAUGGAAGGAAUGUCCAAUGAAAGCAGGAAACAGGAGAAAAAGCUGGACAACAAACCAUGUAUUCCAUGUCAUCGUUUCUUGCACCUUUUAAUAAAUUAGUAUUUUGUUCAAUCAUAAGAAAAGUGCAAGUGUUUUAAAACUAUCUGAUGAUUGGUGCUUUGUCAUAUUCCAUCAACAUGCAUUCUCAUAACUGACAUGUCAAUAAGUUUACUAUGUAAGGAAAAGACAGGAGUGGGCAAGAAAUUCCUUAGCAAUAUAAUCCAUUCUUUUCCAUGCCAAGUCAGUUAAAAGAUUUAAUAGCAAGUUAUUCAACCUCAAUUGGCCUUUUCUUCAACACCCCACAAUUAAUGUUCUUUAUUUUAAUAUAUUUCUUUUCCUGACCUGUUUACCCAUCAAAUGCAUGAAAGAGGCAUAACAUCAAUUAUUGUUUUCUAACAUCAUUAUAAUCAUUACAAUCCCUUGUCCUUAAUUCAGUUAGUAUUGCACUAGUAGUCUGGUUAACAAUCAUGUUAAUGCUUCUUGUUAUCAAGAAAGUUGUGCAUAAAUAGUAGUUACCUAGUUCGUUCAAUUGAACUUCAACAAGUAUACAACACAUUAUUACUCAAUAUAAUCAGAAUUUGGACCUUGGUAUUCAAUACUUAACAGUUUCACUGAAUGCAUGAAUGUUCUGUGAUGUUCUGUGUCCUUGCUUUGUUAGUAAAGGCUAUUCCCGUCUAGGUUGCCGUUAACAGCAGCUGAAACCUGCAUUUGAAAUUAUGAAAUCCCCUGAAGUCAACUUUUACCCACAGCCUUGCUGAAAUAUAUAUUCUGCAAUUUCUUAUGAAAUAAUCCUUUUUAUGAUAACAAUCCUCCAUAAACUUCUCUACUUCUGCUUAAUAAUAAUCUUUAAAUAUCUGAGAAAGAUUUUACCCAACUAAGCAAAGCAGUUUCCAAAACAAUAGUUGUAUUGCCUGUAUGCUGCAAUGGCAAGUAAAAAUAAAAAUUAGGAUAUUUUAUACUAUGCUUCUUAGUUUUAGGGUAACUUGGAGAAUAUUAAAAGUUUAUAUUUGUGUGUAAAAUAGAAAUUUACUCAUUCUUAACUUCUGUUUCUCCUACUUCAAACUGUCAUUCUAAUUUUUGAAAUAGCAAAGGAAUCCAUGAAAUGGAUUAAAGAGAUAAUAAAGUGCUGUUUUAGGAGUGUGGCAAAGCUGAGAGAACUUUUAGGAUGAAAACUGCUAGAAGGAAUUACUGGAAUAUGCUACCCAAUAGCUGGACAAUGACGACUAAGCUUUCUUUGUUUUGUUUGGAAUAAAAUAAAACUGGAUACCACUUUUAUAAUUAAUUCUGUUCUAAUGCUGAACAGCAAAAACUGUUUGCUCAUUAUCUUUAUCAUUAAGGGAAUGUUUAGGAGUCACAUUGUGAAUCAUGUCCAAAAUUUGUCAUAUGAGCUAAAUCAUAAUACAUAAAAUGCUAAUUGUAUAUGGACAUUCCCUAUGCUGCUGUUAAUCAUUAAAGGAUGUUAAUAAAAUUUCAGUUUACUCAUU